UCGUGUUUGUUUGUUUGUCUGCCAUCCGGCAAUCGUCCUUACCCCAGUCGACCCUUUUUUUACAACUGUCCCUAUAUAUUAACCCCUUUACUCUUCCUCAAUCGUUACGCUCGCAUGCGCUUCCUGCUUGUGUUUUCCCGUCAUCUCUUUUUGCUCUUCCUCCAACAAUUCUCUCCGUCUUCAGUGUCCUCCGACCAUCCGUCACCACCACUUUCCCCCAACCGCCCAACACCGACCCACAAAACAGCCACACACCAAUCCUUUCCAGCCCCACCCACCCAUUUUCCUACUACUAGCCCUUCCCUUACCCCCAACCAUUUCGCCCCACAACAGCACACAAGUACUUCUUUCUUCAUCCGCUCCCCCCAACACUUCCCCCCAUUUUUUCCAUUCCUCCUCCACCAUUCUCCUCAUUUCUUCCUCUUAUCCACUGCCCCAGACCGAUCGACCAAUUCUUCCGCUGACAACAUCGUUUCCCCCAAAAUAUACACUUUCACCAACAACCACCUCCUUUUUUAUCCUUCGUUCCCUUACAAUUCCCCCACCAACACAGCCUCAGUGGUGGGUCCUCUCUUUUCGUUGCACCCCUUGUGCCCUUCUUCAGCCCCAUCUGCAGCCUUUCCCCUUGUUCGACGCCGCCGACGUGUGCUGAUGCAGCUUGGCCCCCUCCCCGGUGUUGGGGUUCUUUCCCUCCAAUUUGUAACGCUACGUAACCUCGGUUUCCUUUUUUUCCUUUUAGACCUUUAA